UUUGUUAUUGAAGCGUAGCUUCUUUAAACGCGAAGGGAAACGUUGACGGUGUGAGUUGAUGUAGUUGGUGAGUAUUUGUUUGAUAAACGCCUACAGAGGCUAAGCUCGUUGGUCGUUAGCAUGGCAGCAGUGUUCUUGUGCGGUUUUUACAGAUGUCCUUCCGUUUGAAUAUGAAUGAAGAAAGUUUCUCGACCGUCGCUACCUGGAGUUACCUUUACGUAAGGUGGACGGGCACUCUUCGGUCCCUCCUGUCGCGUGUUUUUGAUUAAUUUCAUCACUUAAUUUGACGGAAAUGAUGUUGUGUAUCCCUCCGUGAACAAGCAACAUAAAAAGUACGACUAAAGAUGUCAGGGGCUCAUGAGCAAAGCAGGAAGCGGCGCCCCCCCAAAACGUUUUUGAUCGCGACCGACCUGAAGCUGCAGGACGAGCUGGACGGUACCAUUCGGCUUCAGCGGGGGUUCAUCUGCCAUGAGCAGGAUUCAGGCAAGAGCAGAAGCGACUUCCUUUGGGUCAAGGUGUUGGACAACAAUGCUAUGGUAAAACUAGAGAGGAAGUUCCUGUAUGAAGUACCGACAACCUUCUAUGGUGUGCUGGAGCCUGUAACUGAUCCUGAAGCCCGCCUCAAACUUCUGAACAAUCCAGGGAAGCUGCAGCAGUUGCUUUCUUUGCCUCUCGAUGCCCCGCUGUGGGUUGUAAUAGGCCAGCAGGAUGAGCUGGCUGAGGCAGAGCUGAAAUACAUCGGGUCGCCGUCCAGAGGAAGCAGCACUGUGCUGUUUGGAGUUCAGCUGAAGGGUUCAGCAGUCGGUAAAGGAGCGAGUAACGGUACCUUCAGAGGUCACCGUCUCUUCAGCUGUCCUGAAGCCUGCGGCCUCCUCGUCCCCAUCAGCCACAUCAGACUCCGCCGCUGGUCUCGUGGCAGCGGCUCUGAUGAAAGACCGCGUGAGCGAGACCAUCACCAACACCGUACAAGCAACAAUCACUCCAGCAACGGGCAACAUAUCAACAACAACAACCACCCAAACCACCACCACCAGCAGCAGCAGCACAGUCGCCACAUCAGUUUCCACCAGCACCGUCCCAGCAGCCCCACGCAGCCGCACAGUCUCGGUAUCCUGCCUCGGACCACAGACUCGGCGCCCGCAGCUCAAAACCAGAUCAGAGCUUCUUCUUCACCUCCACCUUUCCAUAUCGGCCAGCGUGUGUCUUUCCCACUGGAGGACAACGUGUACAGCGGGGAGGUGCGAUUCUGUGGCCUCCUGCCAGGACGGUCCUCAUCGGGGUCGUACGUCGGAGUCCUUCUGGACCAUCCUGUUGGUAACUGGGACGGGCUUCAUAGGACAGAGAAGCUCUGCCAUAUUCCUUCUCCUGAGUAUGGAAUCCUACUGCCAGCCUCCAAGAUCUCCCCAGAGUCUAAGUCUCACCGUCACAACCUCCUUCAACUCCCCAAAUCCAUCCUGAAACCCUCCCUGCCUCCCGUCCCUAAAUCCAUCCCUUCUUCCCCACCCGCCUCUGCCCCUAAAGUCGCCCUGAUGCCCCCGACCAAACAAACAGUCAAACCUCCACCUCUGCCUCCACCUAAACCCCUCCAAAAACAACUACCCCCUCCCCCUGUCCCACCUCCAAAACCCAUCAGCCCCACGUCACCAACAGGAACCAACUUGCUGCAGCAAACCAACGGUGAAUACGGCCCUCCAUCCCCGCAGAGGACGCCGGAUAGCACUGACGGGGAGGGCGGAGAGGCGGGGCAGGAGGGCGAGCUGGAGGUGGGUUCGAUGGUGGAGGUGAACGACCCACCUCUCUUUGGAGUGAUUCGCUGGAUUGGACGGAUUAAUGGGAUUACAGAGCCGGUGGCGGGGAUUGAACUGGACCAGGAGCUCUCUGCAGGAACAGACGGCAGUUACCUCGGCGAACGUCACUUCCGUUGUCCGGCGAACAAGGGUCUGUUUGUGAAGCUCCGCAAUUGUAGGCGGGACUCCAGGUUUCCCGCCCCUGAGGCGCCUGUCAAUCAAGUGGAGCGGUGCAACUCAAUAGCGUUUGCUGACUGGGGCAGCGAGCGCGUCGAGGAUCACACUCCUCCUCUGGACGGGGAAGAGGCCAGAGAUCUGUACGAGGGCUGGAAGAGAGGCAUCCAGGGUCACCUCAACUCCUGUUACCUGGAUGCUACGCUGUUCAGUCUGUUCUCCUGCUGCAGCUCGGCAGACUGGCUGCUGUUUUGGCCUUCUUACCCUGAAACAGACCAGAACUCUGUCCAGGCUCAGGAUCUGCUGCGAUGUGAAGUUGUCAACCCCCUAAGAAGGUAUGGCUACGUGUGUGCCAGUAAGACAAUGGCCUUAAGACGACUGCUGGAGGCUGAGAACAGCGACAAAGGCUUCACCAGCCAGGAAAAAGAUCCUGAAGAGUUCCUCAACAAGCUUUUCCAGCUCCUACGUGUCGAGCCGCUCCUCAAGAUCAGGUCAAUGACCCAGCAGCCUCAGGAGUGCCACCUCUACCAGCUCUUCCCACCAACACUUCCCUCUUCCCCCACCUCCCCCUUACCCCUCUCCCCCAUUCACUCACCCCUCCCUAUUUCCUCCCCUUCAUCUGGUCGCAUUCGCGUCGCCACCGUCCAGGCACUGCUGGAGUCCUCUUUUCUCCAUGCUGGCCUCAAGUUUGUCGAGGCUCCGUCCUGCCUGCUUCUGCUCAUGCCAAGGUUUGGAAAAGACUUCAAGAUGUUUGACGCCAUCCUACCCACUCAGAGUCUGGACAUCACUGACCUGCUGGACGACACUCUGAGACAGUGCAGUAUCUGCCAGGCUUUAGCUGAGUGGGAGUGUCUCCAGUGUUAUGAAGAUCCUGAUAUAACUCCUGGUCAUCUCAAGCAAUACUGCCACACAUGCAACACACAGGUCCACAGUCACAAGAAGCGAGCGUCCCACAGACCUGUGAAGGUCUCCAUCCCUGAAGGAUCAUGGACCGGCCCUCUGCACUGCACCCGACAGCGGAUGUCCCUCUUCGCCGUGACGUGCAUCGAGACGAGCCACUACGUCAGCUUUGUCAAACACGGCCCGCUCCACACGGACUGGCUGUUCUUCGACAGCAUGGCCGACCGAGAAGGUGGAGAGAACGGCUUCAACAUCCCUCAGGUGAGGGCGUGUCCAGAGGUGGGACGCUUCCUCAGCCUAUCAGAGGAGGAGCUGAGUAGAGUGGAUACAGCGUCCCUACAAGAGUCGGCCCGGCGCCUUCUCUGUGAUUCUUAUAUGUGUCUGUACCACAGCCCGGAGCUCAGCCUGUACAAGUGAUUGAAACGCAACAAGGAAAACCCUUUUUGAUCAAAUUUCACUGAUAGGAAACAUUUAUUAAAAAAAACAGCAUGGUGCUCUAGUCUGUCUUCCCUGGAAAAACCAAGCUCUAUAAUGUUGUGAAAUUGGACUGGAUUGUUUAGCAGAAUGAUCAAUUUUCAUCCAUAUCACUAAAAAAUAAUUGACAUGUUUUGUCAUAAGCAGAGCAAUGAUCAAAUAUUACAAAUAAUGUAUUUGCUAAGCAAACCCUCAACUUACUUCAUAUGCAAAGCUGAUGAGCCUUAAGGGAGCAUGUGCAGUUCUUUAAUGGUUAAUGUCACAUUUUAUGCACACUCAGGGCAGUGGAAAUGCAGGAUAUUAUGAAAUUUUGGCAUCAGUAUAUGGUUGUUGGAUGAGUUAAAAUAAUGCAAUACUAUCCAAGACUGUAUAUAUUCAAUGAAAUGGAUCAUUAUCCACAACUGCUAAUUUAUAUUAGAUCUGUGCUAAUGCUAAUUUAUCCCAGAGUAUAUAAUCAUGCUUUCACUGCAAAGCAGGAUUUGUGGUUGGUGAUGGAGUAUCUGGGUUAACUCUGGGUUUUCAGCACUUCUUACCAAGCUACAUAGUCAUGGUUUCUUCUGCUGUGAACCUAAAAAUUCCCUGUGAUCAGACUCCAGAUCACGGUCUUCCCUGGUAAAUCGUGAACCCCGUGUGUAGUCCUGAAGUAGAAUCAAAAAACCUACAUCUUUACAUUUGUUCCCAAGCAACACUUCAACAGCAGGGACAAAAUGUUACUCAGAAAUAUUAGUAAAAUUUGAUUAUUACUGUCUACAUGACACACCAGCUCAUUCCUCUGCAGUUAGACCAGCUAUUUCUUAUAAACAAGCAGCCUGAAGUUGGUGAUGGUUAUACUGGUAAAACUGAAGGACUCAGGAACCUGUACUGUUUACAUGUAAUGUCCAUGUGCCUUGUUAAUGUUCAGAAAAUGUACAGAAAAAUGUAAUAUAUAUAAAACAAACCUUAAGUUUGCACUCCUUGAUUUUAUAUCUGUACUAUAUAUGAUAUAAUCAGCUUAAACUGACUAAAAAUGCACACAUGAAAAUGUACAUAUUGUUGAAGGUUGUUAUAGAUGAGCACAAUUAUGCAAUAAUAAAUGCUUUGAUCACUC